UGUCUGCUCAUGUUGAUGGACAGUCCACUGAACAGGGCAGGCCUGUUGCAGGUUUACAUCCACACAGAGAAAAACGCAUUAAUAGAGAUCAACCCACAGACCCGCAUCCCAAGAACAUUCAGUCGCUUCUGUGGCCUUAUGGUUCAGCUGCUGCACAAGCUGAGCGUCCGGGCUGCCGAUGGUCCUCAGAAGCUUCUGAGGAUGAUUAAAAACCCAGUGUCUGACCACCUGCCUCCUGGCUGCCCCCGCAUGGCCACCUCGUUCUCUUCCGGAGAGGCUGUCUGCCCCCGGACUUUGGUGCCAGAGGGACCGGCUGCAGUGGUGAUUGGAGCAUUUGCACACGGAGCGGUAAACGUGGACUACACAGAGAAGACCGUGUCCAUCAGUAACUACCCCCUCUCUGCUGCACUGACCUGUGCCAAGAUGUGCUCUGCCUUCGAGGAGGUGUGGGGUGUCCUGUGACAAACACUCAGUGAACUACUGAUGUUGACCAGGCAGAGACAGUAGAGUACAUGGACAAUUUUUUAAUGGACUAGGAAUGGAUAUUUAACGGAAACGUUGGGCCGAAUGUCCAUUUCACCAGUGAUGCAACGUGGACUACAGACAUGUAUCCUGUUAUACACUGUAUGUGUAUACUUGUGUGAUUUGGAAUAUACAUAUGUUUCUAUACCCAGUUUCCCUUUUUCAUGUAUAAGACUGUUUUUUGUACCAUUAUCAGUUGCACCAAUUAUCAAGUUUUGGAUUAUCACACAAUACAGUUACAUUAAAACAUAUGACCAAA